AUGCCAAACCUCUCCGGCAAGGUCGUUGUGGUGACGGGUGGCAGCACUGGAAUUGGAUAUGCUACUGUUCGGCUGCUUGCUCGGCGAGGAGCGAAGGUAUACUUCACGACGCGAUCAGAACCAAAGGCUCGAAAAGCACAUCAGACCCUAGCUAGUGACUCCGAGGUUGAACCAGAAAAUGUCAUCUGGCUAGUCAUGGACCUUUUUGAUCUUAGGAGCAUCAAUGCUGCUACCGAUGAGCUGAAAAGGAGGGAAACCAAGGUUGAUAUCUUGAUCAACAAUGCCGCCGCUUCAACGUCGUCGACUGACUUAGUAGAGGGCAGAUACGAGCAACACAUGGCUGCCAAGUUCCUAUUUGGCUUCGACAUGAUCCGUUAUGCCGUGUCCAAAGCUGCUGCUAUUCUGUUCACCAAGGAGCUCCAACGUCGGCUCGAUGACCAAGAUCUUCCGAUAUUAUGUGUCGCUGUCCACCCAGCUGAGCAGGGUGCUGCCACUCCCUUCUUCGCGGCAGUCGCUGGCGAAGUUCGCCAGAAGGCUAAUGUUUACAAAGGGCGGUUCUUGGUGCCGAUUGGGAAAGUUGAGACCCCUAAUGCAGUUGCUGAGGACAAUCGACAGAUCAAGGGCUUAUGGGAGAACACAACCCAAGAGGUAAAUAAGCAGCUUGCGGAAUAUAAGCUACCCUCUUUGGAAGCAUGGUAA